AUGGACAAUAGGGAAGUGCACUCCGGAGAACAGCCCGGCAUUAAGGCGCCGAACACUGUGAUAGAGCGACAGAGCCUCGAGGCCAAAGCCAUCUUCCGCUCGGCCUGCACAGAGUGUCAACGCCGGAAACAAAAGUGUUCUCGGUAUUGGCCAUGUUUCCAUUGCGACAAUAGGCGUCUCGGGGGCCAGUGCGUUUUCCCGACCAUUCUCGACGUGAAAUCUCCUGAGGAGCGCCGGGCCCAGCUCAAGCAGUCGGUGACACAGAUGAAGGAAUCAUGCUACUAUUCCCAUGAGCUGCUCGACCCAUUGGACGGCGAUAGUGACGGCAGCGAUGUCGAUCUCGAGGGACUAGGCUACUCCGGUUCUCACAAGCGGACACAUACCACGCCAGAUUCUGCAAAACCUGGCCACUCUCCUCAUUUGGACAAGGCUAUCCAGGCUCUCCCGUCUAAGCCAUGCCUUGACGCCCUUGUGGAUAACUUCUUAGACACUGUCAACUUUCACUACUACAUUGUUCAUCCCGCAAUGUUUAGACGAGAGUACCAAAAUUGGUGUCACCGUGCUUACAAUAAUAACCAUGUUGAGCUUCAGUGGACUGCUCUCCUCUUAAUGGCCUGCGCUUGCUCAACUCAGUAUUCCAGCGACUCACUUCGCCGUGUACUUGAGGCGGACCAGGGCCAAUCGAUCCACCGAUUAUCCGAGAAGUAUCACGCAGCAAGUCAUAAGCUGUUAAUGACAAUUCCUAUGGGAAGAUAUGAUAUAAAUAUCCUUCAGACUUAUCUGCAUUCGUCCCUAUGGUUCAGGACGAAAGCUCGUUACCCUGAAUUCUGGCGUGAUUUGAGGGCUGCUAUCCAAGUGGCCAGUGAAUUGGAUAUAAAUCGUGAAGAAAUUACUGAAGAAAUUACUGAUACUCUUUCUGAUUAUAAUUUGGAAAUGGGGAGGCGAGCUUGGGUAACCAUACGGGCGUGGGACUGGCAACUUGGAAGUAUUAUUUCACGCCCUCUCAUUUCACAGCCCGAUUUUUGUAACCUCAAACCGCCCGAACCCCUAUUGGACGAAGAGCUAGCAGAACUUGACCCCUCUCCUGGCUUGUUCAUGUGGCUACAAUGCGAACUCGGCGGCGCGCUGUCAUCGGCGUUUGAAAAGCCUGGUCUUCUAGAAGAAAUGAAAGAUAUUGUACAACAUAAUAGCAUUGUGGAAAACUGGGCUGCGCGACUGCCGCCACACCUGUCUCUGCGGAAUCCCGACACACGUCUGGAUGAUGAUUACCCGUGGCUUAGAUUCCAGCGAUUCAAACUUACUAUGAUGGGAACAUUCUCACUAUUAUCUCCCUUACGAUCACAUCUUACUAAACCGUUGUCAAUGGAUUCUCCAGCCGAGGAUCUGCGGCUUCAACGAGAUGGCACAUUAUGGGCUCUCAGACACUUGAACAGAUUAUUCCAGUUUCUACGGAUUGCUUUCCCCAAGGAUACAACAUACUUCACCGUACUGCUCUUCAUUUUCGACGUGGCGGUUCUCCUGUGCUCUGCUGUGGUGCACGAUAUCGAUUCAAGUAUGCCAAUGCGCGAACUAGCCUUGAGAGCAAUUGAUGGUUCGCUUUGCGUGAUGAGAACUCUAGAGCAGCACGCGCCGGUAGCAAAACAGUCGUACAGAAUCCUCAACCGCAUCUACGACCAGUUUUUGAGACCACCGACAACAGGUGAUACACGCAGGAGGAAGCGGCAAAGAGUG